AUGGCUGAAAAUAUAACUGUGAACAAGGACUUUAAUUUUGAAGGUAUAUUUCCCACAUGUAGAAAGGAAUACGAAAGAGUUAAAGGUAGGGAUAGAGGAUUCUGGACUAAAUUUUCAAGUAUGUGCAGUGAUUUUCGUAAUAACAUUAAUGUUAUUGGAUAUGAUUUUCAUGUUUCAGACCUUUGCUCAUAUCUUGGAGUAUAUUUACAUCAUAUAGAACAUAAUACAGAUAAUGAUAAAAAAAGAAGAUGUUUAUAUUUUUUUUACAAAUUAAAAGAUCUUGUGAGCACAUAUAAUGGACAAUGCUACACAACUAAUGAAUGCUAUGAAAAAAUGAUACAAGGGUAUAAACCACAAUUUGGAAAACCUAAAAAUUACCCAGCAAAAAUUUCUCAUGUCUGUAAUGUUUAUGCAGCAGAUAAUAAUAUUGAUCAUAAUACAUUUCAAGUUAUGAAAUAUUUGGACGAUCUACACAUUAAAUUUGAAUAUUUAAAAAGUACUAAUCAAAAAACUAAUAAGCAUUUAUGUGAUUCCAAUAAUGAAUGCAUGGAUAUAUAUGAUAAACUUUCAGAAAUAAACAGAAAAUCACAAAACAAGGGUUUAAAAUCAGAAUUAGAUAAAUUUAAAUCUGAUUAUGAUAAAUAUGUGAAAUCAAAUCCUCCUUGUGAAGAUCAAGCCAAUUUAUUAUAUUUAUCAAGCGGGUCAAAUACAGGAAUAGCUGUAUCAACCUUUGCAAUAAUAAUAAUUUUAUUCGUUUUGUAUAAAGUUGAAAAAAAAUUAAAUAUAUUAUAUUAUACUGUUUUUGGCAAAUUUUUAAAAUCCCCAGUAAAAAAGGUUAAGAGAAGUUUGAAAAAAAAUAAAAAUGAUCAUUUCAACUUAAUUUAUUCAUUUGAGAAUGCACAAAAUGAUUCAUAUUAUAAUAAUCACAGAAUAGCAUAUUCUUCAGUAGAUUAA